AUGCAAAAAAUAACUUUCUUUGGUAAUCGUUUUCAAAAUAAUUAUAACAUAAAGAGUAAUAUCCAGAUCGUUUUUACCCAAGAGUUCAUUCCAAAUCACUGUCAUGAAGGCAGCAAUCACAUAACGGCGUGCGACCACCCCGAAAACCCGUGGUUUGUUUCCGAAUUGAUGCACCAAUCCAAAAAUGACUCAUCAUUCAAAUGCUCAAAGCCUUUUAUCAAAUUGAAUUGUCCAAGAACUGUUGCAUCGUCAACUCUGAGGAACUUGAAAAAGAUAUGGACCCGUAGAGGCGAAGAUUGGGUCAGAAGAUUCGUCAAUUCUGGCUCGGAAAAUUUGGCGGUCAUUUGGAGGAUGCACUUCACAGCAACUGAGAACUGGUGCCAAGUAUUUCAGCAGAGUUUCCAAAUUGUUCAACAAGUAUACAACAUGAACAGGAUUCUGCGCAAGGGGAAUAUUAUUCCAGGAAAUAAAUACAAAGCUCAAGAGAUACUGGAUGUUCUUGCCGGCAGUUUGCAUGGAAAGAAACCUUUAUUGAGGUGUUCAUUGGAGUCUGAAUUGUUUGUAAAAUAUUUUUUAGGAUUAAUCAAUUCACUGAAAGGUUAUUCCAUAAAUUAUUAUAAAAAUAUUUUCAUUGAAUUUAUUUUCAGUCGCAUAACGUGUACAAUUUCUUCUAAGCCGACGGAAGUGAUCGACUUUAACUCGCCCUUAGACUCAGAGGAGGAUUAUAGAGUUUUUGAAGAUCCUGCCGUCAAGUAUCCAACACUUUUGUAA